AUGGCUUCCACCACGGAUCGCGCUGCCUUCGAGGCUGUUUUCCCCUCAUUGGCCCAGGAUAUCCUUGCUCAUGCGAAGAAAUACAAUUUGCCCGAGAAUGCCAUGCAAUGGUUUGAAAAGGCUCUCAACGUUAACGUUCCCGGUGGCAAGCUGAACCGUGGUCUUUCCGUCCCCGACACCGGUCUCGCUCUCCUGAAUAAGCCCCUGACCGACGAGCAGUUCAAGCACCUCAGCACCCUGGGCUGGCUCACCGAACUGCUGCAGGCCUUCUUCCUGGUCAGCGAUGACAUUAUGGACGGAUCGAUCACCCGCCGCGGCCAGCCCUGCUGGUACCGUCAGCAGGGCGUCGGCCUGGUCGCGAUUAACGAUGCGUUCAUGCUCGAGUCCUCGAUCUAUGUGAUCCUGCGCAAACAUUUCCGCUCGCACCCCGCCUACAUCGACCUGGUCGAACUCUUCCAGGAGGUCACCUGGCAGACGGAGCUGGGCCAACUGUGCGAUCUCAUCACCGCCCCUGAGGACAACGUCAACCUCGACAACUUCUCCCUCGACAAGUACAUGUUCAUCGUCACCUACAAGACCGCUUACUACAGCUUUUACCUCCCCAUUGCGCUGGCACUGCACUACCUCCAGCUCGCCACCCCUGAGAACCUCCGUCAGGCCCACGACAUCCUCAUCCCCUUGGGUCAGUACUUCCAGGUCCAGGAUGACUACCUGGACGCUUACGGCGACCCCGCCUUCAUCGGCAAGAUCGGAACCGACAUUCAGGACAACAAGUGCUCGUGGUUGGUCAACCAGGCCUUGAAGCGUUGCAACGAGGACCAGCGCAAGACCCUCGACGAGGCCUACGGUCGCAAAAACAGCGAGCUGGAGGCCAAGGUCAAGCAGAUCUACAAGGAUCUGGACUUGGAGAAGGUGUACCGGGAGUACGAGGAGGCGACCGUUGCUGAUCUGCGCUCCAAGAUCGCCGCUGUCGACGAGUCGGAAGGCUUGAAAAAGGAGGUCUUCGAGACCUUUGUGUCCAAGAUCUACAAGCGCUCCAAAUAA